AUGGGGGUGGACGGUGACAAAUGCGGGCCUGGUACCUUUGUGGUGGAUGCCCGUCUAGAGGGUGCAGGCGAGGUGCUGCAGAUCCCAGUGAUAAAGCCCAAGACGCUCAAGCGGCUGCUAGCAGGCGUGGGCCCUCGGCCGCCGCUCCUAGGCGCGCCGUGCACCCCGACCACUGACGACACGCUCGAGCUUCUGCUGCAGCGCCUGGGGUCGCUGCUCGGGAAGGACCCCUCAAAAUGGGAGCAGACAGGCGACCCCAAAACCGACGUGUCGCUGACAGAGGAUGGCACGAAGCGCAUCAUAACCAAGACGGGCGUGUACUCAGGCACGGAGCUGCACAUGUGGGCGGUGCCCCCAUACUUUGACGACCGGCUGCCGGUCAGGGGGGACCGGCCAGACCUGAGCUUUAAUGUGCAGCGGCGGGAGAUCGCCGCGACCGAGGAGUGGCAGGAGGCUGCCGGCUGA